AAAUUAAUUAUACUUUUGCUAAAAGUGUAAUUUUUAAUAAAAUGAAAAAGAAUUAACCAACUUUGCACAUUUUGGUAAAGCCUGACAACUCUGCGACUUGGAGAAACAACAAAUUUCGCAAGCACAAAGGAAUCGCAAAAACUGUUUAAAUCUAAUAAUUUUAACAAAAAUGCAACGAUUUCGGAUAAUGACGCGUGGCAUGCUGAGUCUGCAACAUGCCACGGCUAUUAUGACGCAGCAGCAACACCUCCGGAACCUGUCUAUUCACUGGCCCCUGGCCCUGCCCCAAAAUCAAAACCAAAAGCCGGCUGGCGGUGGGAAACCCGGAAUAAAUCAGAAACCACGCCCCUCCGCCUCAGCACAAAAGAUCACGCUCAUCCAGCAGAACCAGGCAAUGAGCAUCACUACCCUAGAGGAGGCCCAAAAGCUGGCCAAGCGAAGGGAGUUACACUUGAUGCGCUUAGGGGAAACAGAUGCCAAAACCGGGCGCUCCAUGUUCAAACUUGUCACCGCCUCUGAAAUGCUUACCGAUGACACGGAGAAGUCCAGCGAGAAGGGAAAGGAGAAGAAAUCUGAGAAAUCCCUAACAAUUGGAGCUCGUAUCACGGAACACGACCUGGCUUCUCGGCUUAAAAACAUUGUCAAGUGGCUGGGCAAGCGGCACGAAGUGCGCAUCCUUAUCCAGGGCAGUGCCAGCGGAUCGGAUGAGAGCGGCGUCGAGCGGAUAUUGAAGACCAUUGAGCAAACCAUCCGGGAGCCGCAAGUUGUGGGAAAGAUAGUCCAGAAGCGAUCCAAAGGAUCUUACGUUAAGUUCAGCAUCAUGCCAGUGUCACCACCGCAUGUGGCCACUUCCACGACCCAGCCGUUCCAGUCCUGACAACUACCGCCGCCAUUGCUUCGGAUAACCCAUUGCUCGGUAAUGGCAACGCCCGUGAUUAUCGCUUGUCGUCACUUCAACAGAUCAUCAAGGCAUGGCCACCAGUACGAGCGACGAACCAUCUGUGCGGCAUUUGUCGCUAUUGGUUCUCUAUUAGCCUUUAAAUACUUUUUCUGGUAUCAAUAUCGGAUCAAAAAGAAUGUUUGCCAGGACAGGAAGAGUAAAAAUGGCGACCCCGACUGCAGUUCCUGAAUACUUCCCAAACCUGUUUUAAAUUUUUUAAUUAAUAAAUUGAUCGAAAACUGCCAUCUUUA